AUAAAGUGAAACAGGCGGAAGAAGAGAAAGCCAGUCUAAUUACAGCUAUCUGGCUAUUAAACAAAGAAUUAGGAGUCAACCAACCAUUAAAUAGUAGCGAGUCAACUGGAGAGAAAAUUAAUUCCGACGAAGCUGACGACUGUCAACGUUGUCAACAACUGAGUAGAGCCUAUCCGGAUAUUCCAACCCAAAAUAGAUAUUCUACACUAGCGAUAUCUGGACCGCAAGUUAUCGAAGAGACUGUCGAAGCCAUGCAGAGGCAAGCCAGUGGGCAAGGAUCGCAAGCUAUCGAAGUAGAAGAGCCUGUCGAAGCUAUCCAGAGCCAAGCCAGUGGACAAGGUCAAACAUCAACAUCAACACAAGACGUCGAUAAGUCGAGCGAUAAACCGAAAUCAGUUUUGAUUAUUGGAGACUCCAUAAUUAAGCACAUAGACCCCCGAAAACUCUCCAAAAAGACAGUCUAUAAGCGGUCGUUUCCAGGUAAAAGAGUCGAAGAAAUACAUGAUGAAAUAGACAAUAUACAAAUGAACGAUGAACUAUCAUAUGUAAUUAUUCAUGUAGGUACGAAUAAUCUAUCAUCCGAAAGCGUAGACUCAUGUGUUCGAAAAAUACAAAAGCUGGCUUUGAAGACCCGCAGAAAAUUUCAAAAUUCAAAGAUUGGCAUCUCCAGCAUUGUACAUAGAGAUGAUAUCAAUGUGUCGGCAAAGUUAUCUGCAGUCAAUGGAAAGUUAAAGGAGAUGGCUAACAAUGAUGACUUUGUUUUUAUUGACAAUUCGCGUAUUGAUGGAACAUGCCUCAACGGCAGCAAACUACAUUUGAACGCAAAGGGAUCGGCUUAUUUAGCCAAUAAUUUUAUAAAAUUUAUUAGGCCAUUGGGAAAACGAGCGAAGCUGCAAAUGG